GGGACCUAUCAGAGGCCAAUUUUUAGAUACUGACACAUUGUAUAACCACUGAGGAAGCCGGACGCGCCUUUGUGAAUACACAUCUAAAAUGAGCCAAAUGCAGAGAAUCUUUUUUGCCGUCCAGCCUGCCAGCAGGGUCAAGGAAAAAAAAAAAAAACACCAACAAAAAACAACAAAACAACAAACCGAAGAACAAACGAAGUCCCAUAUUAAAGGACAAUCUGCGGGUUUCUCCUUCUGCGUAGCAUUUCACACUGUGACCGAGCCUCUGUGUGAAAGAGAGAGAAGAAUGGAGAAGUCCAGGAAAACUUACGUUGAUGUCGUAGAUAAGAUGAUAGCAGCAGCCAGCUCGAUACCUCGUGAUGAACUGCUUUUUUCUUACAAGGGAAUUCUCUACCCUGCCGCUGUUUACAGUCCUGAAGUAUUCAAAGCCUUGGAGUCCUUUGAAGCCAGAAGUGAUGAUGUAAUUUUGGCAGGAUACCCUAAAUCCGGCACAAACUGGCUUAGUCAAAUUAUAACUGACCUGAUAACCAUAUCUCAAAAGAAAACACCGGGUAGGGAAAGCAGUGUGAAUGCUGAAGAAGAAUUCCCCUACCUCGAAAUUGGAGAUGCUGAGAAAUAUGAGAGAAUGACGAAGUUACCUUCUCCAAGAUACAUGGUUACUACUCUCCGUCCUGAAAAUCUUCCCAAGUCUAUCUUCAAAAACAAAGCCAAGAUCUUGUUACUGCUUCGUAAUCCAAAAGAUUUAGCUACAUCUUUUUACCAUUUUUCCAAUGGCGUGGCUACUCUUCCCUCCUAUGAGACCUGGGAUGAUUUCUUCACAGAUUUCAUGACAAAGAAAACGGCCUGGGGAUGCUAUUUGGAAUACCUUUCUGAAUGGAACAAAUACGCUGAUCAAGAAAAUAUAAUGACAAUAACUUACGAAGAGGUAAAAGAGAAUCCUGCCCUGGCUGUGAAAAACAUAGCUAUGUUCUUUGGAAUUCCUCUGACUGAGGAAGAGCUCCAGCUUGUGGUAGAGAGGAGCAGCUUCCAGUCUAUGAAGAAAAACUCAGAGAAGACCCAUGGGGCGUUUGGCAAGAUUCUCUUUCGCAAAGGCUGUGUUAGUGACUGGAAGAAUCUUUUCAGUGAAGAUCAGAAUGAGAAAAUGGACAAAGCAUUUGAAGAACGUGUAGCGGGAACUAAACUUGGAAAAAAGCUGAAGUAUGACUUGUACUGCAAAGCCUGAAGAGUAAUGAAAUGUGGUUAGAACAAGAACUUUGCAAGGCAGACUCAGAUCAUCUGAAUGCUCUACACUAGAAAACUCGAUCAAGUGAUCCAAGCAGCUUAGAAUUUCUGUAAGAAUCAUUGCAGCAGCCUUUACCGUGACAGUGAUGAGUAAUGGCCUUUUGUUUCAUGGUGAGAUCUUUGGCUACACCCAUUUGCUGAAGAAGAUGUCAAAUAAUCAUAUUUACAAAAACUCAUCAGCCCUGUUCCAGCUGUCACCAGGAAGGAAAUGCCCCUUUAAUUUCUAGCCAAAUUCUGUGAUUCUAGACUAUUUAUAAUUAUUCAGUGUUCAGUCCAGGGCUCGUGGAAAAUCCCUCAAACUGCCCAGGGUUGGUGACCGUGGCUGGGACCCCAGGAAAGCAUUGCCUUUGACCUUAGUCCAUGGGAAAAAUUUCCAACACUUAGAAAUGAAUUAAAAGCAACAAAGUUUUGAAAUAAAUAGUAGUUUAAUUUGUCACUGGGUGAAAAUUUGUAGUUUUGGGUUUUUAGUAUGGAGAUGGAUGAGAGCAAGAUCGAGGAUUUUGGGCGGUGUCUCAUCGUCUUCUUCUUCUACUCCAUUUUCUGAUGUGAUGGUGGCACAAAGACAUUGGUAGAAUGGGUUUGAUACAGAAAUUGUGUGUUUAAAAUAGGUAGUGAUUAUUGGCACAAAACUAAAUAUUGUAUGUUUUAAGAGUUAAUUGGACUGAAAACCUUUAAAAGAACUUGGAAUUCUUUGUCUGGGGUUCUUGCCAGCUGUGUUUUCCAGCAUGCUAAGCUAGGUUUUAGCGGCGUGCAGACCUUGAGAUAAGAACUGAAUAAACACCUCUAAAGACCAAAAAGCUGCAAGUUCUGCUCAUCU